AUGUUAGCAAGCAAAUUAUCAGUGUGUGGGCGGAUACCCGUCACAGCUUUUGUGACGGGUCUAAGCCGGCCGGUUGUGAGCCGCCCUCAGACAACGCCGACAUCUUUGUACGUCAGGUUUCAGCUGUAUGCUACAGAGACUGGGACCGGUGUUGGCAGAUAUGCCAAGAGGAAAACCCUGAAAGAGACGCUGAUGUCUCCUGCCACUGACACACCGUUCAACAUUGGCCGAGGAUUUGUUGCUGGGGGCGCUGCCAUCGGAAUUGGGGCUCUGUGUUUUUAUGGCCUUGGUCUGUCUAGUACACCUGGUGCUUUGGACCGCUCCGUAGCCUGGCCAAAACAUGUCAGACAACGCAUCAGGGACACAUACAUGUACUUCGGGGGAAGUCUCGCUGUCACUGCCUUGACCGCUGUUGCAGCUAGUCGCAGUCCGGCGGUGAUGAAUUUUAUGAUGAAGAACUCACUUUUGUCCAUUGGGGCCACAAUUGCAGCCAUGAUUGGUUCUGGUAUGGUGGCAAGGUCUAUUCCAUACCAGCCGGGAUUUGGUGCCAAACAGAUGGCCUGGUUGGUCCAUGCCGGGGUCUUGGGGGCCGUGGUGGCUCCACUGACCCUGCUGGGGGGCCCCCUCCUAGUGAGGGCAGCCUGGUACACCGCUGGGGUGGUUGGGGGUUUGUCGGCCGUGGCAGUGUGUGCCCCUAGUGAAAAGUUCCUCAACAUGGGAGGAGUUCUGGGUGCAGGCCUAGGCGUGGUUUUCGUUGCUUCUUUGGGUUCGGCCUUCUUUCCCCCUUCAACUGCCCUUGGUGCGGGCCUGUAUUCAAUCAGUAUUUAUGGAGGCCUGGUGCUUUUCAGCUUGUUCCUGCUGUAUGACACUCAGAAGAUCAUCAGGAAGGCGGAGCAAUACCCAGUCUACGCUGACAGACCCUUUGAUCCAGUUAAUGAGAGCAUCGGUGUCUACUUAGACACCGUGAAUAUCUUCAUCAGGAUUGCCAUGAUCCUGGCCGGCCAAGGGGGCAACCGUAGAAAAUAA